AAGGGAGACCGCAUCAAAACAAGAACAACAACUCAGAGAAAUGAAGAUGGGAUUCCUGGGGAGGACCUGUCUCAUUGUCUUGAGUUUGCUACCAGCUGUUUCUACGCAGGCAGAUGAAUGGACUGUCAUUGGCUCUGAUCAGCCUGUCAUUGCUUAUCCUGGUGAUGAUGCCAUCGUGCCCUGUCACAUUUCACCCAGAGUCAGUGCUGUGGACAUGGAAGUGAAGUGGUUCAGGGACGGAUUCAACACGCCUGUUCAUUUAUAUAUAAAUAAAAAGGAUCAGCCAGGAAGACAGGACAGAGCUUACCAGGGCCGCACUGCUCUCUCUCCCUCUGCACUGCAGACAGGUGAUAUCUCUCUGCAUCUGAGAAACCUUCAGCCCUCUGAUAGUGGUGUCUAUACCUGCUUAGCUGAUGAUGGAAGUUGGAAUGAAGAAGGACAAUCUGAAGUGAUAGUUGCAGCUCUGGGGACUCAGCCCUCAAUCUCUAUGGACUCUACACAAGGAGACGAGACCCGGCUGGUGUGCAGAUCAGAGGGGUGGAGCCCUGAGCCUGAAGUGAUCUGGAGAGACAGGGAUGGAAACGAUGUGACAUCACUGUCCAACACAACAGUGCAGAGGGACAGUCAGGGGAUCUGCAGUGUCAGCAGCUACAUCAAAGUCAAACAACAGUCCAGCAUGUUCUCCUGUCUGGUUAGAAGUAAAAUACCAAAACCAGACUGGGAAUCCAAACUCCACAUAUCCAGGGAUUUUUUUCCAGGAGUCUCUGGAUGGAUGGUGGCUUUCUUCUUGACUUUAGCUCUCGGUAUUGGAGCCAUUCUUCUGCUGGUGUUCCAAUGGAGAAGAAUGGAUGCCAUGGAGAGAAAGUUUGAGCCUAUGGCUGCUCAGCGCCUUCUUGAGGAACUUGAGUCUGUAAAGCGAGAGGUCCUUAAAUCAGAAUGGAAGUGGAUCCUCAGCUCAGCAGUUGACAGUUUGACUCUGGACCUCGAUACAGCACACCCACGGCUCACCCUGCCUGUGGAUGAGAAACGAGUAAGAAGAACAGAUGUCCCUGACAAUCCCCAGAGAUUUGAUUACAGGCGCUGUGUGCUGGGCAGGGAGGGCUUCACCUCAGGGAGACACUACUGGGAGCUGGGGGUGGGAGAGAAUACAUUCUGGAGACUGGGAGUCAGCAGAAAAUCUGCCCAGAGGAAGGGGGAGUUCAGCAUGACCCCCCAGCAGGGCUACUGGACUGUCGGGUGGGAUGAAGAUGAAGAUAAAGAUAAGUUCAUUGCUCUUACUGACCCGCGGACCCCCCUCUCCCUGAGCCUGAAGCCCGAGAAGUUAGGGGUGUAUUUGGAUUAUGACGAAGGGCAGCUCUCCUUUUACAAUGUGGAGACCAGAUCGCACAUCUACACUUUCACUGACAUGGAGUUCAAUCCCAAUGAGAAACUCUAUCCAUUCUUCUGGACUUGGGACGAGAAAACAGACAUUGCCCUGGUGUCCCCGGGGAAGGUGAAUGACCGGUCUUUCUUUCUUCUAAUCUGGGAAUGGAUUCUUGCUGCAUCAGUUGAUGUGACUCUGGACCCUGAUACAGCACACCUCCGGCUCACCCUGUCUGCAGAGGGGAAACGAGUGAGACUGGGUGCGACACAGCAGGAUCUCCCUGUCAAUCUAGAGAGAUUUGAUAACUGGGAAUGUGUGGUGGGCAGGGAGGGCUACACCUCAGGGAGACACUACUGGCAGCUGCAGGUGGGGGGGAAUACAGAGUGGAGAGUAGGAGUCUGCAGAGAGUCUGCCGAGAGAAAGGGGAAGUUCAGCAUGACACCCCAGCAAGGUUACUGGACUGUAGAGUGGUGGUGGAGUGGAGGUGAGUUCACUGCUCUCACUGUCCCCCGGACCCCCCUCCCACCGAGCCUGGGGCCCCAGAAGCUAGGGCUGUAUCUGGAUUAUGAGGAAGGGCAGCUUUCCUUUUACAAUGUGGAGACCAGAUCUCACAUCUACACUUUCACUGACAUGGAGUUCAAUCCCAUUGAGAAACUCUAUCCAUUCUUCUGGAGUAGGGAUGAGCAUACAGACCUUGUGCUGGAGUCCCCUGACCCUGUCAGCACUGCAAAUUAAACAGCUCAGACACUGUCCUGUUCACUUUCACUGACACUCUCUCUGCAUUCUUCUGGGCUGAUAAGAAGAAAUCCUCUCUCUUCCAUCCUCUUACCCUGAGCCCCUCCUCUUUAUUUCUCUAUACCCCCUUUCCUACUUUCCCUUCCUGUCUCCCUAUUUCCUUUCCAUCUCUUUCCUCACUGCUCUUUCUAUUCUCUCCCCUUGCUCUCUCUACUCUCCUUCUCUCAUCUGCUGCUCUUCUCCUUGCCCUCCAUCCUCCCUCUCCUCACCCCAGAUAUGGUUUUUUAGAAGUAGUGAGUAAUUGUUUCUUGAUGUAAGAAAUGCACAGUCCUUUUCUUCAGCUAUAGGUUUGGUGUAUUCAAUAUAUACAUGUUUAAUUCCAGAAGUAAGCUCAAAGCAAAACAGUACAGAUCACACUUUCAUCUGCAAACUGCACGGUACAAAACUUAAGUUCAAAACAAAACAUAACAGAACAAAAUAAUACAAUGCAAUACUGUAGGUUUGAUCCUCCAGGACUUUCUCGAUCGACAAGUCUCCAAUAUUUAGUCUUAAUGAAAGAGAGAAGUGAGCUGAGUGUACCUUGAUUAAGUAGCCACUGACCUCAGCCCCACCCUCCUUUCUUCUCUUUGUGGGUUCAACACCCUGGGCAACCCCCUGUGGAGAGUCUCAUGUAUGUUUCGUAAAGAAAACUGAUCCUGGCUCACACUGUCUAAGAUGGUGUUAUCUUUGUGUGACCCUUUGAUCCUUUAUGCUGCCUAAGAUGGUGUUAUCUUGGUGUGGUAUGAGCGCAUCGGUUCCUCCAGCAGUGUGCGAUUGUGUUUAUUCCAGUUUAUUCCAGUAGUCAGACGGUCGUCGUCAGUGCAAUGAAAUGCAACCUUGCAAUCUCGCAUUUACCAGUUAUUAUACCUCUUCUGAUAGUCUCCUUUUAAAACUAACAGAGUGUACAAACCUGCAAACAUGUAUCUCAUAUUGCAUUUAAACUUCUUUCCAUGUUAUCCAACAUACAUCACUUUUAGAAAUAAAGAUGGGGAGGGGUCCUACCAUGACAGGGUCGUCCCCGAGGUACCCCGAGCCACCUGCUGUCCUCUUCGCUGGGUAUGAACUCUGUAUACGCCCAAGUCUAAACUAUCAUGCUACUAUGGUCAUUACAAUGUGUGUAAGUAUUUGUCAUGCGUGGUAGUUAUGUGCCACAAGCUACAAAAAUAAUCUUAAAAGAGCAUGUUUCUCUAACAACUCCAGUCAUCUACUCCCUCUAUCUGCUCCCUCUGUCCUCCCCUGUCAUUUCUAUUUCUCCAUCCUCCCUCUCCCCUCAUCUUUAAUAUGGUGAUAUAGCUGUGGAAUCUAGCAGAUCUGGGAGCUGCCAGCAUUAGUAACUUUAGGACGGUAAGAGUAGUUAAAGAGUUAAACAUCUUCUUAUUGAACAAAGACCUGAACAGGACAACGGCCAAAGUCAUCACCCCAGAGAUCAACACUGAAACAAACUGAGAAUCAACAAGAAACUAGAACAGAAAAGAGUCGCCCCAUCA